GGAGGAAACGAUACGAGAAUUGAAGUGGGAGUUAACUAAAAAAAAAAAUCUGAGAUUUCAUCCUGCCCUUUCUUUGCUUCACGGGAUGUUGAGAUAACAUUUUCUCCACAUGAAGUUUCCCCUCCUGUUUUUGUAAGGCGUUGGGGGAAGUUAGGGAGAUAACCCCGAGUGUCCACAAGAUUGGCGCAGUUUCACCGCUGGGAGGGCAACUUGGGACAGAGGCAGUUUUCACCUGCUAGCCACCGCUCCAGACCAGGAGACGAUGUGAAGCUCUCGACGCCGGGUCCAGUUGUUUUUUCUCAGGAAGUGCGGCAGAACCUCCAGCUAAGAUGUCCAUCGCCAGCACACCCACCAGCAACGACGCGUGCCUGAGCAUCGUGCACAGCCUGAUGUGUCACCGGCAGGGCGGCGAGAGUGAGACGUUCGCCAAACGGGCCAUCGAGAGCCUGGUGAAGAAGCUGAAGGAGAAGAAAGACGAGCUGGACUCCCUCAUCACGGCCAUCACUACAAAUGGCGCCCACCCGAGCAAGUGUGUGACCAUCCAGAGGACUCUGGAUGGACGACUGCAGGUUGCCGGGCGUAAAGGGUUCCCUCAUGUAAUCUACGCUCGGCUGUGGCGAUGGCCGGACCUGCACAAGAAUGAGCUGAAGCAUGUGAAAUACUGCCAGUUUGCCUUUGAUCUGAAGUGUGACAGCGUGUGUGUCAAUCCCUAUCACUAUGAACGAGUGGUGUCUCCUGGCAUAGACCUUUCAGGCCUCACGCUAGCCGGCUCCGGACCCAGCUCCUCGCUGAUUGUGAAAGACGAGUACGACUUUGAUGCGCCUCCGACUCUCCCCACUGUCGAUGGCGGACACUCUCUCCAGACCAUCCAGCACCCCCCGUCCGGCAGCCGCCCACCUCAGGCGGAGCCAUAUCCGACCCCGGGCCUGCUUCCGCCCGCCGAGGCGUCCACGUCGGUCUCCGCGCAGUCGCAGUCCUUCCCUGUCAUCCCUGCAGGAUCAGGCAGUGCCAGCUCCAACUGGUCCAGGAACAGUGGCUUCCCCCCUAGCAUACCUCACCACACCAACGGUCAUCUGCAGCACCACCCUCCAAUGCCACAUCCAACACUCUACUGGCCAGUACACAAUGAGCUCGCCUUUCAGCCUCCGAUAUCCAAUCAUCCAGCGCCUGACUACUGGUGCUCCAUUGCUUAUUUCGAGAUGGACGUCCAAGUUGGAGAGACAUUUAAAGUGCCGUCUUCUUGCCCCGUUGUGACGGUGGACGGCUACGUGGACCCCUCAGGAGGGGACCGGUUCUGUUUGGGCCAGCUCAGUAACGUCCAUCGUACUGAGGCUAUUGAGAGAGCAAGGCUUCACAUCGGUAAAGGAGUCCAGCUGGAGUGUAAAGGAGAGGGCGACGUGUGGGUGCGAUGCCUCAGUGACCACGCAGUGUUUGUUCAGAGUUACUACCUGGACCGAGAGGCGGGCCGAGCCCCAGGAGACGCCGUCCACAAGAUCUACCCCAGUGCGUACAUCAAGGUGUUCGACCUCCGUCAGUGCCACAGACAGAUGCAGCAGCAGGCCGCCACGGCUCAGGCGGCGGCGGCUGCUCAAGCGGCUGCCGUGGCGGGGAACAUACCUGGUCCUGGAUCAGUCGGAGGAAUCGCUCCAGCUAUCAGUCUCUCUGCCGCCGCCGGCAUCGGGGUCGAUGACCUCCGACGGCUCUGCAUUCUCAGGAUGAGUUUUGUUAAAGGCUGGGGGCCCGACUACCCCCGGCAGAGCAUCAAGGAGACCCCUUGCUGGAUCGAAAUCCACCUGCACCGGGCCCUGCAGCUCCUGGACGAGGUCCUUCACACCAUGCCCAUCGCUGACCCCCAGCCUCUGGACUGAGACCCUCCAGCAGCAGGUCCUCACCUGAACACACACGGCCAGCGACUAGUCUUCCUCAGUGAACUCCAGACUGUAAAAAAAAAAACAAAAAUAGAUAAGUGUUUUCAGGUGUGUUCGAGGCGUCGCGUUGCACUAAGGCUCCAGCUGUUGCUCACGGCAACAAGAGCCAAAGCCAUCUAUUAAAACGAUGUGCUCACGUUUAAUGCAUGGCUUUAACUGUAGGACUUUGUAGAAACCAUACACCAACACGCACAUAAAGGACACCAGCUACUGACGAUCUACGACCUCACUGAACCGUCGAGGAGCUGCGUGGGUUUUACCGAGGAUGGCUUCAGACCCGCAGCUGCAGAUGCGAAGGUCACGCCAAUCACUUCCUGGCAGCCAGAAGCUGCCGGGACAGGAUGUGGGAGCUCACCGCAACAAUCAAAGAGAGCCGCCGUUAUCUGAUGCAGAGUUUCAGCCGCUGGAGCCGAGACGCGUCUGAACAUGUCCAGGUCAGCUGUUGUCAAAGGUUUUUUGUAAUGUUUUUUUUUUGAAGAUGAACUUCAGCUCUGUGCUGGGAAGACAAGUCUCUGUUUCCAUCAGUUAAACAAGAUAAAGUGACAAAGAGCUGAACUCCUGCUCUGUGUGCACAAAAUCAGCGGCUUGCAAACGUAUUCAUACUUGGUUGUUGAUUUAUUGUUUUUGUUCUUUUACUUUUUGUUAGGUUACAAUCACAUUUUUAUUUCAUCUGGGUUCCAUUUGUGUCUUAGAGGAAUGCAAUGUUUUCUGCAUUGUUCUUUUUUUAUUCACAGGAAAGGUUAAACAUUCGUAAUGCAUGUGUGUUAUGACCCCAGAUGAAACACUUUGACUAGGUCAUUUUAAAACAGGAAUACGCUUUGAUUCCCAUCAGCUUUGCGGUCACUGCUAAAAAUGAGCAUUCCCACAGCAUGAUGAUGCCACCGCCAUGCCUCACAGUGGGGAUGGAGGUUUUCCACCUCACGGCCUUUAGGCUGUUGACUCAGUUUGGUUUCAGUUUCAUCUGAACAAAGCGACUUCUGUCGCAAACAUGGUUUGUUGCAAACUGCGAAAAGGCCUUUUCUUAGUGAUGGCUUUCUUCUUGCCGCUCUUCCUUAUUGACCAGAUUUGUGAAGAGACAAAUUACUUGGAUCUCUGCAGGCCAUCCAAAGAGUUUCUCUGAUUAUUGCUCUCCUUGCAGGGUUUCUCCCAUUAAGUCGUCUGUCUUGUCUGGGUUUCCAGGUGUCAUCUUUCCAUUGUUUAGAAAAUGGAUUGAGCUCUGUUGGAUGGGAAUUUCUGUGGUUGUUUUGCACCCUAAUCCUGCUUAUAGCUUCAUCUCUGAGCUGUUUACUGUCUUGCUUGGUCGGCUUCCGAAUGGAUUUCAUUAAAGCGCGUUGGAGUAAAAGGGGCUGAAUACAAACGCUUUAAGUCUUCUGAUUUUUGUUAUUUAUUUCCACAGCCAUUAUGCACUACAUUACAUGUGAUCACGAUUAAUUUUAUUGAAGUUUGCGGUUGCAGCAGGAAAAAAUGUGGUGCAAUUACUUUUGCAAGGCUGUAAGUUUCCAGCAGGCAGCCUGUGUCACUCCUGAGUCAAAUCCCCUCAAAUGAACUCCUGACCACAUGUAAACCCAGUACUUCUCACGCUGCCGACUCUUAGUCAUGGAUACUAAUUUUAAAAAAAAAAAAGCUUCUGUUUUAUGCCACCGCAGAGAAUGGGUUAUUUACCUUCUCAACGGGAGAGAAACUCUUCUGUUCAAUGCGGGAGUGACGCAAGCAAGCAGAGAAGAGACUGAUGUUGAUCUCUCGGUACAAAGAUUGAGGUUUAUCUGUGUUUUUGGUGACCAGAAGUGACAAUUUCUGUAAAAAAAAACAACAGUCUUUUGUAAACAUUAAACAGAGGAAAGUCCAGGAAGUCCUGAUUUUAAUCUGUUUCCAGUCAUAUCUGACACAAGGGUUGGAGUCCUGACAAAACUGAGCUGCACUCCUCUAUCUUUAUCCUGGUUUACUGCGUGAAGUUUGACAGAAAAACAAUAAGAGGAUUUAUAGCUUGUGUUCAGCCUUUGUUACAUAUUUUGUUGUUUUUUAAUUUUUCCUACUUUUUCUGAUUUAUUUGUUCAUUUGUAGCACUUUACCUUUGACUAAAGUAGCGAAUAGGUCAGCUCAGAGCAAAAUAAAGAUUACAAACAGAACAUUGGAUUCAGAUCGUACAAUAUUUAACAACAAGCCACCUUUUUUAACAAAACCCCUUCGCCUUAAGCAUUCAUACUUUUUCAUUUUUUUCUGUUGUCCUCAUAAAUCCAUGUAAACAUCUUUGGUUUUCAAAUGCAUGCAGAUGUUUGUAUGAAACACUUUUCUCAUUUAAGUGAUGGAAGUUAAAGCCUGCUGUAGAUCAGUGAUGUUGCACUCAGCAGGAGAUUCACACAAAGUCACAUCCAGACCAUGUUUGGCUUCUUUUUACCUUAAAUUAAACAUUAAAGCAGAUGAACUUUUAAUCUGUGCUGUUUAACACCUAUAUUUUUACAUUUGUCAUAGUUUAAAAGACAAGCAAGAUGUUACUUCUUUUCGAAGGAAGAUAGAUUAUUUAAUUUAAAAACCUUUUGGCCCAUUUUAGGCUUUUUUUGUCUAAAGUUAAUUGUCAAAAUAUCAGUUUAUUUUCAUUUAUCAAGGGCCAAAAAUGCUGCAAUUCAAUGCAUCAGGUGUAAAUAUUUGAUCAUUUACAUCAUGUUUAAAAAUCUACAUAAAAAUAUUGUUUAGUAAAUGCAUAAUUAAAUGUGGAAAAAAUUGAUUUAAAUAUGCAUUUAUAGCUUCACACAAUAUAUAAUUUUAGCAUACGAUACAUUACAGUUUUAAAUGAUUGCCAUAAUUGAUUACAAUUUGCUCAAAUUUAAUAUUUCAUGUAAGUGAUCAGUGGCACUUUUGGUCCUGAAUGUUUUCCAUAAUUCGCCGUGCUCUUCUGACCAGCAGCGUUUUGGUCGCAGUGAUUUCAGUCGUGUCGUCCAGAAAGCCCGUCACUGUCCAGUCCUGAGUGUUUAUCCGGUGGAACUGCAGGAAGCGGCGUGUCUUCUGCUGAAAAUUCAUGCUGAACCGAAUCCAAAAGUGUGCUUUUAAAAGGUGGAAAAUAUAUAUAUAUUUUUUGUUUUGUUUUGUUUUUUUUUACAUGAUUUGCAGUUACUGUAGCAGCCGAAAGACGGCUUGGGUGAGUAAAUGUUGACUACUAUUUCAGAUCUAAUUGUACCUGUUUUUCUCAUGUGAGAAAUUAAAUAUGGACUGCUUUUCUCCA